AUGCUGCCGCGCCGUAUUGCUGUGCCAGAGCUCUCAUUUGCAGGACUGCAGGCAGUAAAAGUCAGUAGGCGAUACACGCAGCAUUCUGGGCGUCUUCAACAGUUUGCGUACCUCCCACCUGGCAGUCAUGCGCCGCGGAUGCCUUGGCUUCGUGAUGCCGUGUCGCAGGAUUCAACUGUAAAAAUGGCACCGUAUGACGGCACGGCGCCACUCUACGCAAACUCCACCGUCGCGGCAGCCGUGAAACCCCCACCAAGCGCGUCCAUUACAGCGGCGGCGCCGUCAUUUAUUGCAGACCCUUCAGAACUGGAUGGAAUUCUUGAAAAUUCCCUUGAGCCACCCGACCAGGUAGCGGCACGUGCAGCAUGGGUUGCAGCGGAAUCAGUUGGACUGAUGCAGACCUCUGCAGCUCAAGGAGGUCCGCUACGCGCCACAGCGGCGUGCCGUAUGUCUGCUCUUGCAGAACCGACGUUGGACACUCAUAUCGGUGACAUCUUAAACGUGAGUGACUCCCUUGCGGGGGAAAUGUUGCCAGAUGUAGUGCGACUUCUUAUAGAACCAAGUGCAGAUGGGGUGGAAAAUGUUUCUCUCAGUGAUUUUGCAGCCAUGCAGCCUAAACGACAGCUUGCGGCUCUUGGUGGUAGGAAGCAGUGGCAUGAGUGGCUCAUUGAAAGCACACAUUAUAAACAGGUGGCACGUCUGGAGUUGGAGUCCCCCUAUUAUGAUCUGCGAGCGCUACGGCAGGCGGGUGUAACCACGUUGUACCAAUGGGCAGAGCAGCCGGAUCUAGUGAAGGUUUCGUCGUGUACACGAAGUCUACUGGAUGCUGCGGUGGAAAAAAGUGUUGAGGCAUACGUUGAGGAGGUAGUCAGGGUUGUGAACACAAGCAACCGACUGUCAAUUAUGUUGAUAUCAUGGGCCGCAGACACCGUCAGUAAAUUUAUUCUGGAAACACUACAUAUCACUGUAGAACAAGCAGCCUUGCAGCGUCAGAGUACAGGAGUAGGAAAAACUGUGUUGGGGACGGAAAAUGCGAAUG